AAUUGGUGUCCAAUUUUCUUUGUUCUCUUUGGGCAUCUUUCUCUACUCGGAUGUGCACAAACAUGCUACUGGCCUGACAAGUCAAUAGCCGAGGCCUUGACAUCCUGCAAUGGCAUGGCAAAGAACAGUCACUGUUGUGGUGCCGACAGUCUUUGCCUGGACAAUGGGUAUGCAACAAAUAUGGCAACAGAAUAUCUCGCGGCGGGUGUACGGAUAAGAUGUGGGACAGCAACGCCUGCCCGAAAUAUUGCCAGACGAAUGGCGGAAUAUCAAUCUCUAUCGUUUCCGAGACUGACAGCGGACUCUUCUGCUGUGGUAUGGGUUAGAAUGAUACAUCCGGACUUUGCCUGGCAGAAUCAUCAAGUGACAACCUACAUCCGUUUACCAUUGAAGUUGGUGUCGCCAUCCUGGAUCGAACGACUGAUGCCACGGUUGGGAAUACUACGAUAUCAGGGAUUGCCAACAGCACCGCCACGACAACAAUAA